UGUGUGUAAUAUUUUGUUGACUACAUUACCACAUGGAAUAAAAGAUAGACGACAGGACACAGACACAACAUUGAUAAUGGAUUCUCGCGCCACUCAACGGAUAACUCGAAUACUUUUAACUGGUCCACCAGGUAUUGGCAAGACGACAGUAUGUAAAAAAAUAAGUGAUUUAAUUGAAAGAUAUAAAUUUAAUUAUGAUGGAUUUUAUACUGAAGAAAUGAGAUCGUCUUGUAAGAUGAGGAUUGGGUUCGAUGUCGUGCCACUAAAAAAUGUCGAUCAGCGAAGUUGUCUAGCACGAAUUGAAUCUGCUUUGGAAGGAAGGAAACCCUCGAAAAUAAAAGUUGGGAAUUAUCAAGUUUUUGUUGAUGAAUUUGAAGCCGUUGCACUGCCAAGACUACAAUCAAAAUCAGAUAUUUUGAUGAUUGAUGAAAUUGGAAAGAUGGAAUUAUUUAGCAAGCGAUUCAUUGAUUGUAUUGACAAUUUAUUUUUUAAAGACCCGUUGAAAAAAAAUUUUGUCGUCGCUACGAUUCCAGCGAAAGAUCGCGUUCCUCAGCGACAUCGUAGUUUAUUUGAUAAAUUACAUCAGAUAAAUGAUUGCAAAAUUUAUGAAGUAACCAGGGAAAAUCGUGAUAAAUUACCCGAAGAAAUUAUGGAUGCUAUCAAAAUAAUAAUGGAUGUAAAGUAAUUCGUAUAUUUAUUAAUCAAAAAUAUAUGGAAAGGGAAUAUUAAUAAAUAAUAAAAUAAUUUACAUUAUAAACAUUAUUUUUUAUUUAACAAAAAACAAAAAAUAUCAAAUUGAAUUGAAUCCGUCAAUCGUAAACGCGAAUUUGUAUAAAAGUUAAUUACUAUAUUAAUAAUGCGACUGAAAAAACAAAUUGACGGUUACAUUGUACUACAUAUUUAUAUUUUUCAUACUGAGUUCACAUACGUAUCAAGUAUUUAAUCAAUUAUCCUAAUAACAAAUAAUCGCAAUCAAUAAUAAUAUUAUAAUUACAUGAUUCACU